GCCGGCGGGGCGCGGCGGCGAGGAAAUCUGACUCUUUAUCUACCUCCCAUGAGAAUUGAGUUCGUUUAUAUAAAACAAGUUUAAGUCUUUCAGGAAGAUUAGAACUGUGUGUAUUCCAGAGAAAAAGUCUUUAAACGUCUUUGCUGCAUUGACUCUUAGCUGUCAGGGUAUUCAGGCUUAUGAGGAGGUAUUGUCACACAAAACAGUGUCUAGUGAAGACGACGAGAAAGAAGGGAAAGGAUCAUCGGAAAAAGAAGCUAAAAACACUAUAGAAAACCAUGAGAUCUAUUCGAUCUUUUGCCAAUGAUGAUCGCCAUGUUAUGGUGAAACAUUCAACAAUCUAUCCAUCUCCAGAGGAGCUUGAAGCUGUUCAGAAUAUGGUGUCUACUGUUGAAUGUGCACUUAAACAUGUCUCAGACUGGUUGGAUGAAACAAAUAAAGGCACAAAAACAGAGGGUGAGACAGAAGUGAAGAAGGAAGAGGCCGUAGAUACCUAUUCCAAGGAUCAAGGUGGUCGGACAUUGUGUGGUGUUAUGAGGAUUGGCCUGGUUGCAAAAGGCUUGCUGAUUAAAGAUGAUAUGGACUUGGAGCUGGUUUUAAUGUGCAAGGACAAACCCACAGAGACCCUGUUAAAUACAGUCAAAGAUAAUCUUCCUAUUCAGAUUCAGAAACUCACAGAAGAGAAAUAUCAAGUGGAACAGUGUAUAGAGGAGGCCUCUAUUAUAAUUCGGAAUACAAAAGCGCCCACGUUAACUUUGAAGGUGAUACUUACUUCCCCUCUAAUUAGGGACGAAUUGGAAAAGAAGGAUGGAGAAAAGGUUGCGAUGAAAGAUCCUCCGGACUUAUUGGACAGGCAGAAAUGCCUGAACGCCUUGGCGUCUCUGCGACAUGCCAAAUGGUUUCAGGCAAGGGCAAAUGGAUUAAAAUCAUGUGUAAUUGUCCUCCGCAUUCUGCGUGAUUUGUGCAACAGAGUCCCUACGUGGGCACCAUUAAAAGGAUGGCCACUAGAGCUUAUAUGUGAAAAGUCUAUAGGUACUUGUAAUAGACCUUUGGGCGCUGGGGAGGCCUUGAGACGAGUAAUGGAGUGUUUGGCAUCUGGAAUACUACUUCCUGGGGGUCCUGGUCUUCAUGAUCCUUGUGAGCGAGACCCAACAGAUGCUCUGAGUUACAUGACCAUCCAGCAAAAAGAAGAUAUUACCCACAGUGCGCAGCAUGCACUGAGGCUAUCAGCCUUUGGCCAGAUUUAUAAAGUGCUGGAGAUGGACCCCCUUCCAUCUAGUAAGCCUUUUCAGAAAUAUUCCUGGUCAGUUACUGAUAAAGAAGGUCCUGGGUCUUCAGCUCUGAAGAGGCCAUUUGAAGAUGGAUUAGGUGAUGAUAAGGAUCCCAAUAAAAAGAUGAAGCGAAACUUAAGGAAAAUUUUAGAUAGUAAAGCAAUAGACCUUAUGAAUGCACUAAUGAGACUAAAUCAGAUCAGGCCUGGACUUCAGUAUAAGCUCUUAUCUCAGUCUGGCCCUGUCCAUGCCCCAGUCUUCACAAUGUCUGUAGAUGUGGAUGGUACAACCUAUGAAGCCUCAGGACCAUCCAAGAAAACAGCAAAACUUCAUGUAGCAGUGAAGGUGUUGCAGGCAAUGGGCUACCCAACAGGCUUCGAUGCAGAUAUUGAAUGUAUGAGUUCCGAUGAAAAAUCAGACAAUGAAGGCAAAAGUGAAACAGUGUCUUCAAACUCAAGCAAUAAUACUGGAAAUUCUACAACUGAAACCUCCAGUACCUUAGAGGUAAGAACUCAGGGUCCUAUCCUCACAGCAAGUGGCAAAAAUCCUGUAAUGGAGCUCAAUGAAAAAAGAAGAGGUCUUAAGUAUGAACUCAUCUCUGAGACUGGUGGAAGCCACGACAAGCGCUUUGUGAUGGAGGUAGAAGUAGAUGGACAGAAAUUCAGAGGUGCAGGUCCAAAUAAGAAAGUGGCAAAGGCAAGUGCAGCUUUAGCUGCCCUGGAGAAGCUGUUUUCUGGACCCAAUGCAGCAAAUAAUAAGAAAAAGAAGAUUAUUCCUCAGGCAAAGGGUGUUGUGAACACAGCUGUGUCCGCAGCAGUCCAAGCUGUCCGGGGCAGAGGAAGAGGAACUCUAACAAGGGGAGCUUUUGUUGGGGCCACAGCUGCUCCUGGCUACAUAGCUCCAGGGUUAUGCACAGUCUCUGGAAAUACAGGCUAUGGAACACCAUAUGGUUACAGCACAGCUGCCCCUGCCUAUGGUUAAUACUUUUAAGCAGUUUUCAGCACGUUUAUCUCACUUUAUUCUCGUUCUCCUCGGACCUUCGUAGCCAUAUCACUUGUAUAAAAUAGGCUGAGAUAUAGUGACUGUAAGCUGUGGUCUCAGUAUACAAAGGUAAGCUCUUUUAUUUUCUGAUUAAAGAGAAAAGUAAUUAAAAUUCAAUGAACACAACAUGCAUAUAUGACAAUCAUAUAUGAUGUAUUUGAUCACUUAGGUCUUAUGUCAUCACAUUACCUUUAAAAUUUUUAUGAUCUAAAUGUAAAAUAGUUAUUUUUCAGCAUUUGUUUUAAUGCCCUUGUAAUUACUUUUUAUUCAAGAAGGACAUUUCACUUUUGAAAAGGUGUGUGUGUGUGUGUGUGUGUAUAUAUAUGUAUGUGUGUGUGUGUGUGUGUAGAAACUUAAGAUGUAACAUAAAUGUGAAGUACACACCCGUACCUGUUUAAAUAAAAGAAUUCAGUGGUGGGAAGGUUCACGAAGAUCAUUUAAUGUCAGGGCACACUCUUUUUGGCCAAAGUGCUGGAAUUUCAUAAGCAGCAAGAUUGGUAAGAGUGCUGGUAGGAUCCAUUUUCCUGUAGAUGUUACACAAAGUGUAACAAAUCAAGCUGUUAUAAAUUGAGGAGCAAAGUGCCAAUUUCUCGAGGAGAGAAAUUUCUCUGAGAAAUUAAAAUCUCUGAUCUGUGUUGUAUGCCCCAGUACAACAGCAGCAAGAAGCCAUAAAUUUUAAAAAAGCAAUAGAAAAUGAAGAAAACCAAAAUAUUAAGGUAACUAUCGAAAAAUUAUAGUCAACUGAGUUGAUAACUAUUUAUAGAACCAACCUUGACAAGAUUCAGAAUGGUGUAUACCCAGUCUGCAGAGACCAAAUAGACUUAGGCAAUUCAUCCGUCUCUUCUAGGUUAAGUAGCUAGUUGAUUUCCGUGCCCCCCCCCACCUUUUCAACCAUUGUGGGGUUCAUAUAAAAGAUGUAGGGUUAGGCCAAAAUUUUUAAUAAGGUUUGCUUCGUUUAGAGUGUCCCAUAAAUGAAUUUCAUAUAUGUUAGAUGUUCUAUGCUAAAGCUGUAUUUGAUAUAUAUAGAUUAAAAUGAAUUUUAUGUUUUAUAUUUGUCUCUAAGUAGCAGUUUUCUUUUUAUUACUAACUUUGAAGGUUGCUGGAACAACCCCCCCCCCCCCAAUACAGAAUCUGUAUGUAUGUUGAAUGUGGCUUUGGCAUCUAUAAACGUUUGUACGAGGUCUAGCUAACUGGUACCAAGUAUAUUCCAGACCUGAUCUAAAAACCGAGUGCCCUUAUGUGUCAGCUUCUUCUCUGGGUGCUAGUGAGUCAGAGGUUCGCCCCAGUGGAAGCAUUGUAAGUCUGAGUGACUCUUUGCUGGUGGAAUUGGGCCUACUAUAAAUAUCCCAGGUUGGGAGGCAAAUUAUGCAUUAGCAGUGUCAAAGAUAAUUAACGUAGUUAAUAGCUUAUUUAUGAAUUAUUUAAUAGCAUGGGCCCUCUGACAUCACUGAAAUGAUAUCAUUUGAAAAUUCACUUAUUUUAAAUACUUUCCUGGCAGUUUUGAGCAUUUGAAACCAACUCUGAUUUAUGUUCCUGGACCUCUAUCCAAAUAUGCAAACUUAUUGAAAGGAAUGACAAAUACCCCAUCCUUUUGUAAAGCGAUUUUUAUAGCAGAACAGAGAACAAAGUGGUUAAACACACACUGCGGUUUUUUUUUGGUUUUUAUUUUUUGGAUGAAAAUGAAGGGAAUUUUAUAAUCAAUCAAUCAAUCAUAACUUCCCUGCUUCUUGGAUUUCAUUAAUAACCAUAGUGAAAGAAAAUCUUCAGUAGUGAGGGGAAUGGACUAGGAGAUCCCCGCCCCCAGGCCCCCAAGCAGUUAGAUUUCUAACACUCUAAAGCCCCCAAGCCAGGAGCAUUCAGAGCAGUGAAAGCUCAAAACAACCUGCUCUGUGACCAGUUUUCUCGUAACCGCCACACUUCAGUGUCUUCUUGGUGGUGGUGAGAUAAGAACAGGGCUCUUAUGAAGUUGUCUGGAAUAAGAAAGGUUCUGUUGUAUUCAGACUGUGCUCCGUAACUGUCUGACGCCACGCAAUCCAGUGAGCAUGGCUUUCUCAGUGUUACUAGGCCUGGGAGAUGGGUGGUAAGUGAAUAACAACUGUGAGCCCAAAAACUGUCUACUGCUGAGGUGAGUUCCAAUAUUGAUGUUUCUCUCUUCUGGUGAUUUACGGAGCUUAGAGCUAGAUUUCUUACAUAAGAAUGAGUCCCUUUCCUAAUAGCAUCUUCCAGAAAUUCCCGUGGAGUUAGUUGUAAGAAUAGAUACCCUUCCCCAUGUUAUCCUUUUAGGUAGAAGCUAACAUAUUCCAUUGAUGCUUGAUGCAGUGAUCUUUAGAGAGUUUUAAAAAUAGCCCCACAAUGCAAAUUAGGUUUUGGAAGCUUUAGAGCACAGCUAGAAAUAGGGAAUGGAAACCAUGAGGGAAUCUGUACCAAAGCAUUUCUUUUCCUCCCGCAGAUUCCCAUGGGUCUUGGGGCCUAAUUGAGUUAAUACGUAUACUUUGAAUGGUACCUGGCACAUAAUAAGUCCUCAGCAAACUGUUGACUGUUCUGGCUGUGGUUGGCUGAAGUGGCAGGAAGUAUGUGUGGCUGGCAAGGCUGAGCUGACAGGUAACUGAGAAGCCGGCGCACGGCCUGCUUGUGGGGAGAUGAGGGAGCGAAGCUGUGCUGGCUCCUUAGUGCUGACAGAUGUGGGGCGCUCCCAGGUACAGGGAGGGGCUCCUAGCACCAGGAGGUUAGGCGGGAAACACUUGGUGAGCACUGGCAUGGGGAGGUCAUUGCAGGUCAUGCUCAUGUUCCAGUGGGGUAGUGAAAUCAUUGGCCAGGUUGCACCAGGGGCUCAUAAAUAGUCACUUUGGGAUUUGAGUGUACUUGGAACUUAAGGGCUGAGCUUAGACUAUCGGCCUGCUGAUUCCACGUUUCUUACCAGUGCAGUACUAAGAAAGAAAGUGUCUUUGAUUAUCACCCAGCAUUCAGAGGUCACCAGUGUUUGGCAGGUAAAGAGCAAGUCAUAAACCACAGAAAACAAAGAGGAGCCGGAAUGGUGUGGGGGGACUCUUGCAGCCUGUUUCUUCCAGUUUGUUUUGACACUUUGGGAAAAAUACCCAUACUCAUGACCACGAGGCCUCCCUUCUGUCUGUUACUCUUAGAAGAGGCAUACCUGUCUGUCUGUCCAUCCAUCCAUCUGUCUGUCUCUGUCCAUCUGACCAUUUACCUGCCUACGUAGGUAGGUUGAGAAGUUGCUUUUCAGCAAAAGGAAAAGUGAGUAGAUGGUGAAAUUGCCAUUUUGGGGAGUGAGUACAGGAUGCCGCUCACAUUCCUUCCUGCUUGCCUGUGUCUGCAAAGACUGUAGGAACUUCUGAAAAAAGGUGGGCAGAAUGUCCCUGUUUCUUGCUAGGAGGUGAGCUGAGCAUCUGAUUCAGAUUGAGUUCUGUGGUGCUCCAGGGUUGUAAAAACUGUGUAGACAAGGAUUGAGUGUUACCUUAAGCAGAUUAUACAGAUUUGCAUUAUAGCCAAGAGACUUCUUAAAUAUAAGAGAGAUUGUAUAAUGUCCUGGCAGAAGUUAGCCCUUCCUUAGCUGUGGCUGCAUGAUAGAAUCAUUGCCUCACUGAGCCAAGUUUGGGGGAGCACCCUCCCGCCCACUUUUUUUUUGUCUUAACCAAGUCAGUUGUUAACAUCUUUAAGUAUUUGGUUUUUAAGGAGGGUCUUGGUCUCUCCUGGUAUGAUUCUGCCAACAAACCCUGUUGCCGCCAUUGGCGAGUAGUGUGAAGGUCUCCGCCAUCUGCCUAGGGGGCAUCAGCAUGUCUGCUCCGCACAUGCUCACAGGAGAUGCAGGCUCCAGGGUCACCUGUCCUGUUGCUUACAGCAGGAGGAGGGCGCGGGAUGAACCCAGCUGCUGGGAGGACGUGGCUAGGACAGUCUCCUCUGUGGGUAAGCUUUUCCUCUUGAUCCUUCUGUACAGUUUGGAUGGUGUUCAGUGACAGCUGAAUGCACCAGCAAUUAAAGGAGCCUUCAGUUUAGGUCAUUUGGGGUUGUAGGCAGAGAUUGAAGCAGCAGGAAUGGAAGAAAGGAAAGAGGGACAAAAGAUGCUAAAGUGGGUAUCUUGUGUGUCCUUGGCAUGUGGACAUCCUUUUUAAUUCUCAGCCUUCUGGGAGGUGGUAUUCCUAGUUUGCUGAUUAAAAAAAAUCUGAGGCUCAGAGUUAAGGCAGAACCAAGAACGAAGCCCAGUCCUGCAGUGCCAGACCCUCUCAUGCACGCCGCCACGGUCUGGAGCACGCGGGGACAGGCCGGUGGGCAGGACUGGUGGAGCCGCAGGAAGGGCCUGAGCACAGGCAAGGCCAUGCUGUCAGGUUUGUUAGCUCACGGGCUCUCGUGCAGCCGACCCUCCAGAUUCCUGUGCGGCAGCUGGGCUUUCUGACUUGGUUAUUUCAGACCAGAUACCCCUUCCUAAAACAGGGCUUUUUUUUUUUCUUCUUUUUUUAGAAGUGUGGCUGUAUAAACAGAGAAAGCUUUUGUAUUUGAAGCUUGUUUUUUUGUUUGUAUGUCAAGGAGAAACUGAGUUACAUUUUUUCAUUUAGCUAAUGGCUUCUGAGUCACUCUGUCCGGCCCGAGAUUGGUGAUGGGGAGGUCUUAAAACAUCUGAGGCAGCCUCUGAAGGCUGGUGCGGGUUUGGCUUCCUGGGUGGAAGGAGCAGCAGCAGCCAGGCCUGAGUGGUAACCAUAGGGAGGGCAAGUGCUAAACAGAUGGGGAGGGUAGCUGCUGUCUGUGGCCUGUUCUAAUCACUGGGAUUUCCUCCUACAGUAGACUUCAGGGGAGGCUGUUGGCCAGGAGUGAGCGGGCUGCCCUGCAUGGUGGUGGCCCUGCCUGGGGAGCCUGCUGCUCGCCAGCCGCUCUGCUGCACUUGUCUGCUGCUCUCUUCCCAGCAUACGCUCCCCAGCUGCUCCCUAGUGCCAGCCUGGUCUCUGCUUAGGGGUAGCUGAGGGUGGGGAUGGGUAGAGGUCUUGUUCAGAGAAGGGUUGCCGACACCCCGGUUGUCGUCGUCAUGGCAGUUGACCCUCUUUCUGAGCAACCUGCCAUAACCCUGGAGGGAGGGGAGCAGCAGGAGGCAUAUGUUCUAGAGCAGCAGUGGGAGUGUGAGAAGAGCUCUGCUGGCAAAGGCCUUUCGCAGUCAUUCUUGCACUGCCUGCUCUGCCCAUGCAGACAGGAGCAGCAGCGAUGCAGGGGUGCUGUGCCCCUCAUACGGAUAAUAAUCUGAAGCCAGAGACCUCUCUGAGCCACCCGGGUGUUUGUGGCAACACAUCGUGGCUCCUAAUUACGGCUUUGUAACCACUCUGAAAAAAACCACAUUUCCUCUGCUGUUACUAGGGAAAAACAGAGAGCCUUUCUUAGGGAUGACUUGAAUUCCACCACAACUGUGGGAUCUAGAAACUGUCUCCUUUCUUGGAGGAGGAGCUGGAGGCUUAGACAGAAAUGACACCAUGAGUGAGUGCACUGAGCCCACGCUCAGCGCUGGCCGCUGUUCUCCAGUCUAGCCGGUGCCAGUCCUGUUCCAGCAGUUUGGCUGCAGCGCCCUCGCCUCUCUGUUACACUCCACGUCCCUUUCUUCUGGAACAUGUUCUUUGUUCUCAUCUUCCCCUGAGCCUUCUUCUUUCUACUUAACCCCGGGGGAAAAAAGAAUCCAGACUUUCGAGGCUCAUUUUUCCUCUGACUCCUUUGAGAGAACUGUGUGUUCCUGGGCAAGGGGCUGACUGGCCAGCCUUGGGCUGAGCAAUUUUGUUCUAACCUGUUGUGCCGUGUCUUCAUACUGUAAGGAAGUGCAGAUCCUGCCAUCGCCAGUGGAGGGGCCCCGCGGUUGGACAUGGGAGGGUGUGCCGUGUGGAAGUGUGAUUUCUGUGUGUCAUCUGUGUUCUGGUUGGUGGCUGCGAGCAGUUCCUGGCCAAGCCUUCGGCAUGAGCUCUGACCCAAGGGGAGCCUCCCGGUUGGCACUCUGAGCGUGCACUGACCCCGGGAUCUCAUGGCGGCCUUCCGUCAUGUAGACAGUUGCCAGAGUUGUUCAGCUUUCUAACAGCCCUCAAGCUCUUGGUGGGCACAGUAGGGGAAAUGUGGUUAUCAUCUGGGAGGCGAGAAACCUCUGGAAGUUGGCACCUGGGGAACUAAAGAAAGCUGAAAGCGCUUCACAAUGAGAUGGCAGGACUGGGAUUGUUGAGGCUGGUAAAAGGGAGACCUGGGGUGAACAUGGGUCUUUCCAAGUCGGCUGUUUUAAGGGGCUAUAGUUACUUGCUGUCUGUGGCCCACGAGGAUAAAGACAGUUACAGAAAGUCCUUGGGCAUUUCAGGCUAACUUGGCUUCCCACAGGGGUAGGGGGGCUGCCUUGGAGAGUUGCGCAGUGAGACGCGAGUGCCAUGUUACCUGGAGCGUGUCAGCAAGAAGACAUUGGUUUGGAUGGUGACAGGAAAUGUCUCCGUGGAAGGUCAGUUUGGACUUAAUGCCGUUGCCACUGGUGACGUGGCCAGAGCUCAUCUCCCCUUUCAGGCACGUGGUUUCUUGGAGCAACACUCAUUAUAACCUACUGUUCACCAGGCUGUGUCGAGGGAGAAGGAACAGUUGGAGAAAACAUGAAGUUUCCACUUAGACAGCUGAGUUGAAGGUGAACCCACUGACCACAGGAAGGGGGAGGCGGCGGCUCUGGGGCUUGAGCAGUAUCAGAGCCGUCUGAGGUCUCCCGUCUCCUGGAGAGGGUCGUGCUCGCUGGCCCAGGGCUGGGGCUUGCAGGCCACAUCCCAGGUCUCCCAGUCAAUUCAGGAGAGGUGCCAGGCUGGUGAAGAGACUGGCACGCAGGAAGAGACGUGCUCAGGGCCCAGCAACGUGCAGAGGGUUUGAGGGCUGAUGGAAGGGGCAGAGGCUCCUGUUGAGACCGUCAUCUGAGCUGGAUAGGAUCUGUCUGCACAGUGUGAGGUUUCGGGACAGCACGGAGCUCCUUGUCAAGGGACCUCGGAGGGUGAAAGGCAAUGGGAUGUGUUGUUUGGGCCCCAUCCUGAAAGGCCCUGGGUGCUGUGCCCUUCCGUGAUGACAGCCCUUCAAAAUAUGAGGGAAUUCUGGGGGUUCAUUUGCACAACUACACAGGGAAGGACAAGGGCGGAAAGCAGAGGCUAUUGCCUGGGCGAGGGAUGAAGGGGAGGUAGCCUGCAGGGAAGAGGUCGAGAGUCAGCGCAGGGUCUCCUCACAGGCCAGACUCCUCUCCUGAAGUGAGCCGGAGGGGGCGCCCGUGGGCCAUGUGGCCCAGCACCUGCGAAGGGAAGUGGUACCUGCCCCAACAGGAUUCCUGCUGCUCAGCAGGCGACUGAGGAGACCGUGUUGUGUCGCCUGGGACCAAGAAGGCAGGAGGAGGAAGAUGCUAAUGCCAGGAAGGAGGUGACAGGAGCGGGGGCGGGGUGGUGGAUGGAGAAGGGGCGGCGGGCAGAGGGGUGAAGCCUUGCAGUGUAGCAAGGCCAUGUCUUUGGGGUUCCGAAAUGGAGUCUUGGUAAACCAGAUAUGUGGGUGGGGCUGUGAAGCCCCUUCUGGUGCUCUCUGGAAGAUCUGGCAAGGGGAGAGCUUUGCUGGCUGGUCUGUCAGUAUCUUUCUUCCCCUUUCCCUGGUUUGCUACUCUGCUGGGUUCAUCGCCAAGGGGUGACGGGUACUGGGUGUUUGUUCACACGGAGGCCUUCUGCCUUUUGAAAAACAGUGUUUUGAUUUCUUUACCUGGACGAGGGCUGGAGCUCAUGGGGCAAAUCCGUAGAACAUGGUCUUGGGCCAGUGGAAGGUCAAACCUUCUUUAGAGUCCUUCAAGGAAGGGAAGCUGUGAAACUGGGACUGAGGGAUUGCUUUGGGCCUCAGUGCUGUUUCAGUCCUGCCACCUCGGGUGGUCCUGGACGGGUGGUCAGGGUCCCUGGGAGGAGUCAUGCGCAUUCUCUGCCUGUUUCUGUAGCUCUGCUGGGGUGGAGGAUGCCACGUGCAGGAAGCCGUGGUCCCUCCCCUUAGGCUGGCUCUGAAAGGCUACAUGCAGACUGCCUGUCGCCCCAAGGGACCACAGAGACACCACUUGUCUGCACGUGUCAGUGCGGGAAUAUAUGGGAACUCUGCCUUAGAUAUGGUGUCACCAACCUUUGUGUGUGAAGGGCCAUCUUCUAAAUCUCUCAGGUUUGUGAUGUUCGCUCUGUCACAGCAACUCUGUAGCCUAAGGGUAGCUGUAGUCAGUGUGUAAGCACUUAGGAAAACGAGUAGUCGACUCCUGCCUUCAACUAUAGAGAUUACUCAUCCUCCGGCUUGUGACUGGAAACUUCCAUCAGCCUGGACCCAUCCAUUUCCCAUGACAGCUUCCUCAGCAUCUUUUCUGUGAGCCCCUAGAAUGAGGAAGUUGCUGGCCCUGCCCACAGCUCAGGUUUGAGAGGGAGGUGGGCACUGACAGGGAAGCGCCAGUGUCUGAAGAGAGGAGAUGGGAAGGACUGAGGGCAAACCAGGGCUCUAGGAAGGAGGCAGCUCUGGAGAAGGGAUGCAGGCCCUGGGCUGGGCUGGGCUGGGGCUGUGAAAGUGGUGCUCAGGAGGAUUAGGUGAUUCCAGAUGCUUCUUGGGAGUGACACUCUGGUCAUGAGAGGCCCGAUCUGUGGUGAUCACUGGCAUCUUUCAGUUUAGUCUGGACUUUUUAGCCCAGAGAAUUGGAUGGUUUUUCUGGCACUGGCUUUAGUGCGCCAGUGAGGACCAAAGCUUUUUUUGGUGUGGCAGAGCCUGACAGGAUCCUCCAUUUUCAGGCUUUUUCUCUCUUGCUCUCCUAAAGACCAAGACAAAUGCAAUGUUCUGUCUAAAAUCUUAAUGUUGGCCUGGGGCCUUGGUAUGUGAGAAUAAAUUGCUAGAGGCCCAUUGCUUCAGCAUUGAAUCCUCCGGCAAGAAAGCUUUAUGAGCAGAUUCACGCCUCCCUGUAUGUUCCAGGCCAGCACACGGGCGGGUCUUCAAGAAGCUGAGCAGACAGUCUGGCCUCUUGAGAAGCCUACAAACUACGGAGACAAGCUAAGUGUAACAAGUCGUAGCAGACACUGCCCAGGGCAUCACCAGCUGCUCUAGGUCAGGCCUGACGUGAGGCAGACACGGUGCCUGCCCCAAGGUGCUCAGUGUAGUUGGGGCCAAAAACCCACUACAGCUGUACACAUCUGCAGGGCUUCGUGCUCUGCAAGUCCCUUCUCCACCAGCGAGGUGUCCCCGGCGGAGCAGCCCCAUCGCUCCUGUGUGUGAGCAGAGGAGGCAGUGCAGGCAGCGAGGGCAAGGUCAGUGCAAGGACAGGUGGGGCUAGAAAAGGAGCCCUUGCGUGUACACAGCUCGGGCUGGGCUGUGGGGGGACUGGCUUCAUGGGCGCCCAAAGUGGCGCCCUGCUUGCACCAGAGGCCAUGGGCCUGUGGACAGACUGGCCUCUGGGGACCAAGUCUGGAAGUGAGGGUGUCGGUGCUGCCCUGAGCAGCUGGGAAGGCGUGUCUGCUGGACACGGGCUGGUCGGAAGGGGGUGGGGCGCUGCAGGCAGGAGCCACUGGAAAGAAAGGCAGGGAACGGAAUGCUGCUGCUCAGCCACGCUCUUCUCCUGGAGGCGCUGCCUCAAGCUGACCUCUGGUCUCGGCUCUGUUGGAGGCCGGGACGCUCGGGUUUGGUGGUCGGGUCUGGCUUGUCAUCUCGAAGGUGCGCGCCCGUGUUUCUAGUGCACACCUGUUUCUAGAGGCUUUUCUCUUCUCAUGGGUAGGGUGGAACCGCCUGUGCCGGAGGUGCCGUCUGCCCCAAGGGAUGCCCGACGUGGCCCGUCAGGAAACUGGGUCCUCACCUUGGCUUUCAUGUCAGAAGGCACGGGCUCUGUGGCGCGUGAGCUGCCCAGGCCGUUGCCCUCUGGCCGCCAUCCUGCCUUCACGCCGCCUUCUGCUGAGGGGCACAGGUGGUUGGAAAGCGCCUUGAUCUUAACCUAACUCUCGCUGCUGCUGCGGGAGCCGGGUGUUAUCUGGCGGCUCUGCUCGUGGGGAUGAAUCAAGGGCAGGGACGGGUUUUAGAGAGCCGAGGAGAACACUCUCUAGCCCUUCCUCCCCCGGAGUCUGGGAACAUGUCAGUUCCCCUUCCACGUGGCUCGUGCUCCCGCCUCCUCACAGACACUAGUGGGGCUGAAGGAGUCUGGUUUGCUUUUGGUGGGCGCUCCCACUCAUUUGUUUGUGCCCCUCUCAGCCGGGAAGCGCCUCCUCUCUCCCGCUCCCUCAGGCCACAGCCGAUGUGGCUUUUAGCUGGGCAAGCCCAGGUUCCAAAAAUACCUCCUCUCCAGCAGCUGUUAGCAGCACCCCUUUCUCUGACCAUGAUGGCAUCUCGUGCUCAGGCGGGGUUCACACCCCGCCCCUGCUUGGCAGAGGGGACACUGAGUGUUGCUCGUUCCUCCACGUUGUGACCGGCCGCAGCCGUGGGAGGCAGCUUAGCACCACGACUGCCCCCUUUCCCGGAGGAGAGACUCAGAUGGCUAGCGCCCUCCUUCCUGUGUCUCCCGGAAAAGGUGGCUCUGGCUGUCUUGCGAGCUGUCUGCAGCCUAGAGAUGGACUUCCUGAGGGCUUGAGGAGGUGGGAAUCUUCCAUCUGGUAUUCUUCUCAUGAGUCACGGGCCACCUUCCAUGGGCAAACUUCACAUUCUUGGCCUUUGGCAGCACUUCUGCUGUUCCCCCGAGGAUCUUUUCCCUCAGUCCUUUCGCGCAGCACCCUCUCAGCAGGGCCUCUGUGCUGAGGCUUUGGUCUCUGUACAUGACUGGGCUGUGGUGGCUGAUUGGGGCCCAGCCACAGCUGCAGAGGACAGGUCUCUAGAGGUCACCCUGAUUAGGGCGAGAGCACUUCAGUAGCCUGACAGGCCCAGUCCCAAGGCUGCUCGUGGCAGGAGCCGGCCGUGCAUCCUGGUCCAUAUGCCCAGUAGUUCCCGCACAGCCUGGUAGGCCUUGCUCCUCACACAGCCCAGGCAGACUCCUCCUUGUCUUGGAAAGAGGCAGGAGACAGCCUGUCCAAGACCAGAAGCUCUGGGCUGUUCCAAAGGGAGCAUCCCUCACCAAGGAGCCAGGUAGCCCUGCUCAGCCUCAGCCCUUCCUCUGCCCCCGCAUGGGGGUACAGGAGGCAGGGAGGAGGCUGAGUUUAGUUGUGGGCUGAACGCCUUUCCCUGCAGCACGGUGCACACACGACACUGGACUCCUGGCUGUAGCUCGCUCGCUCUGGUCUGGUGAUGGCCAAGUUAGUUUUUAGCAAUCUAUUUAAGAUGCCUGUCUGUACCUAUUGACUAUGUUUUCUCUGAAUUCGCGAGUGUAAAUAGUAUAGUAUGCAGUGCAAAGUCCUUGGCAAUAACUCUAUGUUGUGUAUGAUGUUGAAACACAUUGGAAAGCGUGGCCACCAUGGACUGUCCUUCCCCUCUGGGGCAGUGCUUACAUGUGGGACUCUGAACUUUAAACCUGCAGCGUGGCCGAAGCCGCAGCCUGCGUGCGUGGACUGGCACCAGCGCCUCGCCAAGAGAUGCCUGGCCUUCCCCCACAGGGACGCUGCCACCCCGACGCCCACAGUGGCUCCUCCGUGCUAACUGUGCUGGACGCUGCCGUAGACUGAUCUUCCUGUCUGGCUGCUGCAGUGUGUCUGUAAUGCCCUGACAUGUUACACUUUCCGCAUCUGGAUGAAUAAAAAUAAAAGCUUCUGUCUUAAACAGCAAAGGCCUGGACUCUUCUCUGCAGGAACUGCUCUGGCGCAGUGAAGGCUGCCUGGAGGACACCUCCCCAGCCCUGGCCAGCUCAGUGCGUGUUGCGGGAUCGUCCCUUCACAGAGGGGGUCCUGGGGUCUCCCGGUGAAGGCCAGUGUGCUGGGCAUUGGUGCCAGGGCCUGAGUCCUGUGUAUGGCCCUUAAAACCUUGCUUCUCUGCUGACGGUGCAGGAAGGUCACUCAACCCUGAAUUCCGGCCGGCACAUGGCACGGUGAGUGGUAAGUUACUAGUGCUGAAUUUGAGCUUCAGAAUUGACGAGAUUUUCACAUACCUCACUCACCCCUCACAGCGGUUGCCCAGGGUUGACCUGACCCAGCUUGUCCAGACCGAGGGCUCAGGAAGAAGGGAGAGUGGAGCUUCAAAAUGGCAGCAGCAACUUGAAUCCAGAGCUGCGACUUCCUCCGGCUGCUUCCCCAGGAACUCCAGGAGCCAAGGACCACCCUCGGCCUCAGGCCCCCGAACGAAUGAGGACAAAGGAGGUGUGGGCGGUGGGCUCAGGGCAGCGGUCUUAGGGGGAGCCAGGCCAGGCCCCCUGCCGCCCUUCAGGUAAGUGGGGAGCUGCGUGGACAAGGACCACGGGUUUCUUCACGACUCGGCCCACGUCCUCCCGGCACAGCGUGGACGGGUGUAUCACCAGGUUAGAAUGGACUGAGGCACUGGCCGGGCAAGCCCACCACUGCUCCCAGCCUCAUGCCCAAGUGUGCCCUUUAGAAGGGGAGCCAGGCUUGCCCACAGGUGGCACAAGGAACAGCUUACCGAGUUGAACUGGGACUAGAGGGAGCGAGCAACACCGUGUCUUGCUGUGGGCCCUGGUGGGAAAUACCGAGACCUCAGAGGGCGGGCUCAGGGGCCAGGCUUCCCCUUCCCCUGCAAGUCUGGGAAGAACGUCGCUUAACUCGCAGGGGCAUCUGAUGACUCGAAGGGAGAGAACCCACGAGAAGAGUCGAGCCCACGAGAGGCGUCGGCCCCGCACAGCUAAGAAAUCAGCAGGGUGACGUGAGAAAUCAGCAGGGUGUCAGCGCCGUGUGGCCCGGGCC